GCGGCGGCGGCGGUGGUGGGGAGCAAGAACAUGGGAGCAUGCAAGACGCGAAAAUAGUCGAAUUCAGUUACUUACAGUCGCGUGGCGUGAGGCAGUUACGUUUGCGUUCGUCUAAACUGCAGCAACCAACUGCGGAGACCAAGAGAAAGAGAACUUUUGUGACAAAAACAUCAACAACACAACUAAUGCAGAAAGUUAAUACAACAAAUUGUUAAAUAAACAAAUAACUGGAGGAAGAGCAGGAUUAUUACACAGUAGUGUUACUACCCUCAGUUUAUUAUUACUUCGUUGCUGUGUUGUUAUUAUAUAUUGGGGAACUGUUACAGUGCGAAAAGUUUAAAGGAUAAUUUGUCUGCAAUAACAACAACAACAACAACAAACUUGAAUGAAAGUCGCGCGUCCAUUGAAAACAACGCGCUCAGCAGUAAUAGAAUUAAAUUUAAAACAAAAAACACACAACACACGGAUUAUUUGAAGUACAUGUGCAGUGGUUUUUGGUGACUGAAGUGAAUUGAAUAUAGAUUAUUUCUUGGAGGAUAACCGCAGUGGGACACGGCGCUCGCUCGCUCGCUCUAUUCCUCCUCAUCAACAUUGUUGACUUAUGCGUUUCCGUUCUUCGGCGACGUUGCGCUCCAUGUGCCGUUUGUCUCUUUGAUCGUUGCUUGAUGGAAAGACGAGAGGAGAUGAGGAGAUAACACCGGGCUGGAACAGCACCACGAAGACAUCUCCGAGGAGAUCAGACAGAGCUGAGGUGGACAGCGACCGGACAUCCUCCUCCUCAGCCUACCCGAAGAUGCGCUGCCACAAGAAGACCAAAGAGAGCGGUUUCUUUGAGGGCGACUCGGACACAGAUAUGGGCAAAGCUUUGAAAAGGACCAAAGUUAGUGAUAAAGUUGAGUACACGGCAGAUGAGCUCGAGACCCACAUCCGCCCGACAUGCUAUUCCGAAAGAGUAAACCUUUCCGGCGCAGAAAGAGUCGACAUGUCUCACUUCGACCUUCUCAAGGUCCUCGGAACUGGAGCCUAUGGUAAAGUGUUCCUAGUCCGUAAGAGAGGAGGCAGUGAUGAUGGCCGACUCUACGCCAUGAAGGUUCUCAAGAAAGCAACGAUAGUCCAGAAGAAGAAGACCACAGAGCACACGAAGACUGAGCGACAGGUUCUCGAAGCCGUCCGCGACAACCCUUUCCUAGUUACCUUGCACUAUGCCUUCCAGACUGAUGCCAAACUCCACCUAAUUUUAGAUUAUGUCGCUGGUGGUGAACUGUUUACCCAUCUUUACCAAAGAGAGCAUUUCCAGGAGGACGCAGUUAGGAUAUACAUAGGAGAAAUUAUUUUAGCCCUAGAGCACUUACACAGCUUGGGAAUCAUCUAUAGAGAUAUCAAAUUGGAAAAUAUUUUGGUGGAUGAGACGGGGCAUAUUGUGCUGACAGAUUUCGGUCUGAGCAAAGAACUACCUCGAACCGGGGAUGCGGAUCAACGGGCCUACUCGUUUUGCGGGACGAUAGAGUAUAUGGCGCCAGAGGUUGUCAAAGGAGGCACCCAGGGUCACGACAUCGCCGUCGAUUGGUGGUCCGUUGGUGUUCUGACCUACGAACUUUUGACCGGAGCAUCUCCGUUCACCGUCGAAGGCGAGAAGAACACGCAGCAGGAGAUCUCCCGCAGGAUCUUGAAAACUGUUCCCCCGAUUCCAGAAUCGCUCAGCAAAUAUGCGGCCGACUUCAUCAGCAAACUCCUGGUGAAGGAUCCGAAGAAACGCUUGGGCGGAGGUGAAGAAGAUGCCAAAGAAUUGAAAGAACACGCGUUCUUCAGGAAGAUCGACUGGAAGGCGCUAUCGCGUAAAGAAAUACCUGCUCCAUUUGUACCUGUAAUUAGAACUGAAUUAGAUGUUUCUAACUUUAGUGAAGAAUUUACCCAAUUACCUGCCACCGACUCUCCGGCGGUGAUACCGCCGAAUUAUGACAAGAUUUUCAAAGGAUACUCAUACGUAGCGCCGUCCGUGCUUUUCUCGAAAAACGUCAUAUCUGAUGAUCUCCUGAGGCCGACAGUUCGCAACGAAGACAAACAGAAGCUUGUGGAGUGUCGCCUUAACAAUUCACCGUUCUUCCAGACCUACGAACUGGACCUGAACGAGAAGAUCCUAGGAGACGGAUCAUUCUCCGUGUGCCGGAGAUGCGUGGAGAAGAGCACCGGAAAAGAGUUCGCCGUGAAAAUCGUGAGCAGACGGACGGACUGCACGCAGGAGAUCAACCUUCUGCGCGCGUGCCAAGGGCACAGCAAUAUCGUCAGUCUUCACGACGUGAAGAUAGACGAAGGGCACACAUACCUGAUAUGCGAGUUCCUGAAAGGUGGAGAACUGCUGGAUAGAAUCAGAAAGAAGUCGCAAUUCACGGAAUCAGAAGCGGCUUCCAUCCUGAGGAAACUGGUGGACGCCGUCGGUUUCAUGCAUUCCCGCGGCGUCGUGCACAGGGACCUGAAACCGGAGAAUCUACUGUUCACCUCCGACGGAGAUGAGGCAGAGAUUAAGGUCGUGGAUUUCGGAUUUGCAAGGCUGAAGCAGGAGCAGGAGGCUCUGCGGACGCCCUGCUACACAUUGCAUUACGCCGCGCCCGAGGUGUUGAAUGGAAAUCCUGAUGGAUACGAUGAAAACUGUGAUAUGUGGAGUUUGGGUGUGAUCUUGUAUACAAUGUUAUGCGGUCGUGCGCCUUUCCAUGCGCGAUCCAGAGAAGAUAGCGCCGCGGCUGUGAUGGCUAGGAUAAAAGAAGGAGAGUUCAGCUUCGAUUCCGCAGCUUGGAACGAUGUAUCAGAAGAGGCCAAAUCUGUUGUUUGCGGUCUGCUCACCGUUGACCCAGUUAAACGUCUGCAGAUGGACCAUCUCCGACAUAACAGCUGGGUGCAAGGUAUGCAAAACGUGCCGCAGACGCCGCUCAUGACUCCAGAUAUUCUGUGCUCGAGCGGAUCGGCUGAGAAGGGUCUGCAAACAACCUUCAAGGCUUUCCACAAGGCGCAACGCGAAGGCUUCCGUCUGCAAGACGUGCUCAACGCCAAACUGGCGCAAAGGAGACGCAACAAGAAGAGCUCGUCAGAUAACAACAGCUCGUCGAGUAGCUUCACCAGCGAAAGCUCUUCCAAGUCUGGUUCCAGCACCCCAAUCAGCACCAGGCAGGCUCAAGACCUGAAGCGAUCAGAUGAUCAUCACGUCAAGGCCGGUUCCAGCUCAUCCGACAAGAAGGACAACGUCUUCUGCUUCGGUGACUACAAGGUCAAGAAGUAUUUGCGCAACACAAGCGCCAGCCCGGUCUCACCCAACAACUCAGUCCUGAGUGAUACCACAGUGAGGGAGUCGACCAGCUCCAGCGGCAUCGUAGUCAGCGAUAAGACUUCCAUCGACACAAACGAAAGCUCCAGGAAACGCAAGCGAUCAGUGAAGAAGUAUGAGAGGACCAGACAAAGUGAACGUAUCCGGCGCCAAAAUCGCCAGGAAAUCGAUCAAGACACAAUUAUGUUCCUAUCGUUACCCUACACGAGAAAACGGAAAAACACCAGCAAUGUGCUCAUCCACUUAGAGUAAUCUCUCCAUAAAGCAACAUUAGGAAAAAAAAGGGAGAGGUCACCGCACGCGGAAAGCCAACGGGAAACAACGAUAGGCAAAUUUAAUCAAUUAAUUAAUUAGUUAUUUAUAUAAACAUACCUUCAUAUAUAAACAGUUAAAGAAAAGAUAUGAAAAUCGAAAGAUACGCGAACUUGGAGGAAAACUUUAGUUUUUAGUCUUUAUUAUUUUAUUUUUUGUUUGUUCUUAGUCAAUAUCAUUUAGUAACCGUAAGUAUUUUACAAGAAAAAAAUAUCAAGGAGAGCGAAUGCAAUGGAAUCAAACA